CAUGAGGCUGAUGAGCAGAAGCCAGGCUGGGGUCAAGCUCCUCAUCUCACAAUGGUGUAUAAUAGGGCAAGCUGUGAUUACCCCAAUGCCUUAUGUGAUAUUCCAGCGUCCAUGUUUGAUGUACAAAUGGAAAAGGCAUGCAUAGGAAAACCCCAUGAAGUCAACAAAAUAAAAAUACUCCAUGACAUUCCUAGGGCUCAACAUCAAUCCAAAGACAAUUUCCAGAGCAUCUUGGAAUCUGCAGAACUCAAGGGCAGAGAUGCUGAUUUAUCAUCAACAUGUGAGCACUUCCAGAAACGUCUUUAUGGGAAAGAAGACUGGGGCACUGAUUUCAGUUGCACCAGGAAAGAGGUUAAAGGUUUAACAGCUGGGACUGCUAGUGCCAAAUUGGUCAGAGGACUGAAAACGACUGUGGAUGUAAGUGAUAGGCAACAUGUGCCAGGAAAUUUAACAAAAAAUAAUCAGCAUGUCUCAGAAUUGGCAAAAGAAAUGCAAGUCCAAAGGGAUUCUAACAGCUUGCUAAAAACAGAUGAAGCAUGUACCCAUACAUCCGAAGUCAAUUCCACAACAUUACCUGCAGAACCAGAUUCCGUAGGUCUGCACUCUGUCUUUCGACAUAAAAGAGAAAAGCCAUCUGUUCACCUUUUAAGGAGCCAUCUCCAAAAGGGAAAAUGUCCAGAUAAGCAGAGUGAAGCCCGGCACGAUCACAAUGGAUCCAUUCAGAAGGCUGCUAAUCAGGAAGAAACAGUUACGACUGAAAAAGCUUUCCAGUGUUGUGAGCAAGAACCUGUAUUCAGAUUUGUAGAUGCUCCGGACAACCCUUUAGAACCCAGCCAAUUUUUUUUAUCAAAACAGCUUCCUAAUAAUCUUGGCCAGUUCUCUCAUACUGAACAGAAUGUUAAUUGGAAAAGUGACCACAUAGCCAAGCAAGCUAAUGAGAUACCUCUGAAAGAACGAGGUCUAAUAAGCCAGUCAAGAAUAAAAGACUGUCCAUUGAGAGAGAAUUCAUCCAGAAAUUUAUCUGGGAAAAUUAUGGAUCCAUUAACAAGUAAAGAACACACUUCUGUUAUGGCAAUCAACAGAAGUGCCAAAGAAGAAAUUCAGGGAAGAGGAAGUAAGUCAGAACUGAAUGCAAAAAGAGACAGGAGUUGUGGUAUUUAUCGCAAUAAUAGUAACAGUAAAGAUUUUAAAGCUGUACCUGAUGCACAGAAUUAUAUCUACCACAUUCAGGAGCAUAAUUCACUAAUGCCCACUGAGCCUAAAGAUGACUGGCAAGCACUAGAGAAAACAAGCCAAGAUAAAAGUAUAGAAGGAGGUAAAUUGAGACCCAUAUUCACAGCAUCAUACAAAGUUAGAUUUUUCACUGAGGUGCUGUUAGAAAUUAACAAGAAUUUUAAAACCAAUGCAAGCCAAAAGUGCACAGACAUUGCUGCAAAUCUGGAACCAACUCUCCUGGACGCCAAACGUGUCUCAAGGCUGCCACCACCCAAUUCCCAACAAUUAGUAUCAGAGAAAAAUUCUACUCCUGUGAAACAUUUGAAUGAGGGCAUUAAAAGCUUAGGUUUGGAUUUGGCCUGUUCUCCAUUUGAAACAACUACAUUAGCAGGUCCAGACACCAUGCAGUCUUCAACUCCUACCAGCACUGAGAAUUGUGGCACAAGCCAAAACGCUCAGAAUGGUGUGAUAGGCAAAAUAACAGUGCAUGGUCAGGAUAUAAACAAACCAGAAAAAGCAUCGGAAAGUUGCAGUGCAAACAUACUGUCAAUAUUUGAACAUCUUGGGCAAACUGAAUCCAUUCAGACUGAAAUGGACAGAAGCAUGGACACAAAUACAAUGACACCAUGGCAAGAUAACUAUAAAGGGAUAGAAGAAACCCAAAAGACUCAAAUAAUACAGUCAGAGAAAGAAAGUGAAGUGUUUGUUGCACCUGAUCUUGAGGAAGCUGAAGUAGAACCUUAUAUGAGAGCUCUAAUUGAUUCAGAACAGGGACAUGUUAGUCAUGGUGAGUAUCAAAAAAGGGAAAGACAAAGUCAGAGCAAAAUUAUGCCAUAUGAAAUGGAUACCAGGGAAACUGAAAAGUCAGUUGGAGACAACCUGGAGGAAGUUGAAGUGGAGCCUUACAUGAGGGCACUCAUUAAUUCAGAACCGAUAUAUUCUUGGCAUGAUUACCCAGACUCUAUGCCUCCAUUCAUGGAUUUUUCCAAUGAGCAAGCUGCUGUUCUGGUAGGAAGAUUAGAGAGUGGAUGUACAGUUACAACCACAGACCACAAUCAAAGCAGAGAUGGUGAGAGGCAAAAUUCUUCUGAGCAUGGAGUGGGGAUUUUAGAGAGCCCCUUGCCCUGUGCUUCUGAGAACAACUAUCAUUCUGAAAAAGCAUUACCACAGGUCAAAACUCAGUCAUGCACAUUAGGAACAAAUGGAGGAGAUAUUUGUGCAUUAGAAAAUGAGAGGACAACAUCACAAGAAGCUUCCAAAAUCUCUAAGCCACCAUCCCCUCACAAAAGUGCUGAUGACAUGAAGAGUGGGCAAGAAAUAGUAAAGAAGAUGAUGGCUAAGGUGCAGUUUAAGAAACCAUGUCUUGAAACGAAGGAAAAUGUCUGUAACAAUACCAGCUGCAUUACAAACAUCUGGAGAACAGAGGCUGAUUUAAUGCCCAAGGAAGAUAAGAGAGAAGAACGGAAAAUGCUGAGCAAAAAGGACAACAAAGCACCCAUACUGCUGAGGAAAAUCCAAGCAGAACUGUUUCCUGAUUUCUCUGGAAAUAUCAAAUUAUGUUGCCAGUUUGGAGAAGUCCAUUCAGAUUCCACCAUUACCUGGACAAAAGAUUCUAAGCUUCUUGCUCGAGUUCACAGAAGUGCAAGAGAUGACCUUCCAGUAUCUCUGGCAAUAGUUCAAGCUGGGAAAAAAGACCAAGGCCUGUAUCAUUGCUGCCUGAAGAACAUAUAUGGAAAAGCAACUUCAGAAUUUAACCUGACCUCUGAAGUUUUGGAACAUCUUUCCAGUCUUCAGGAUAUUGAAGUCCCAGAGGAGGCAGCCUAA